AUGGCGUCCUUUGUACUGGACGGCAACUUUACAGCGCAGCAUCGGCACAUGAAGAAUCCGGAGAACGACGUGCAGUUCGCAGACGGACAAAUAUUCACCGUUGGUCAGGGUCCGUUCGAAGCGCAUCUCGCAAGGGAGGGAAAGCUCCCGGCAAUGGCCCAAAAGUCUACCUGCAACGCACACAGGGCGGUUCUUGGCGCCAACAAGAAGAAGGCUAACCUGGAAACAACGGGCAUUGGAGCGGCGGCUUGUUCACGACACGGUUUUUUUCUGCCGCACACAUGUGUAGACUUUCAACGGGGAGAAGCACAAGCGAACAUGGACUAUUCAUUUUUUUACGCGCUGUCGGCCUUUCCAGGGUUGAUGAUAUUCUUGGUCUUAUACGACAUUGCAUGCCAGUACUGGGUCAAUCUACGCAAACGGUUUUCUCGAAGGAGAGACUACAUGAAGCUGCCGGACGAUGCAAAAUUCUUAUACGGAAUCGGCCAAUUCCACGUCCAUGGACAUCGACAAGAGUGCUACUCUCGUUUCUCCCCUGCAUUUGUCUCCGGAGCUGGAAUACAAGACGGCGAGAUUCUGGAAACCUUAUGGGCCUCUCUGAACAAGAUCAGCGACAGCACGCGAGGCAUGGCUACAUCUCACAGGAAGGAGAUGAUUGACGACCAUAUGUGGUAUUCAAACUGGGUGAAAUUGACCCGGAUGGAUAUAUCUCUCGGCGCCCGGUGGAAACGCGUCACUGAGGAGCUGGGACCUGCUGAGAUGGCGCUAGACAGUAUUGCCGAGAAGGCGUCUCCGGAUGAUAUUGCCGCCUGGGAGUCUGAGGCCAAGAAUGCCGAUGAAAUUCGCUCUCAAAAUCCCAAUUCAAUGAGGCUGUACCAAAUGGAUGUCAAGGAUCUCCCCACCCGUGAUCAGAUUCAAAAGGCGAUUAUGGAGGCUGAGAGAGCCGAACGUGGCGCCGGACAGGGGGAGGCCUCGUGGCUUCGCAGCGGCUUAGAUAUCCAACGUGAACAGCUAUCUGUGGCCUAUACCGCUCGCACACUCCAACCAGACCCCUCCGGUAAAGCCGAACUCGCUCUGGAGAAUCAACGUCAAAAACUGCUGGAGAGCAUCCGUGUCUUCAACAAGAAGGCGGCAAAUUUUCUACCCAUCUCUGCUGUCAUGCUCGACUAUGAUACCGACAACUUGGGCGACUUACUUUUAGGAGAAGAAUGGGACGAUGAUGCAAACGCUUCACACGGCGGGGCUUUCGACAAGUCUGCAGUCAUUGGGUUACCAGAACAUGCCACGCUCAUGCUUCCUUCUACCCUCGGCUCUGAAUGGCUUGAGAGAUACGAACUUCAAUCUCUCGCCAAAAAGGAGCGCGAAUUACGAAAAGCCGAAAUGGACGACGCGCUGCACGCCAUCAAGGUCGGAGUCGGGUACAAGUCUCACCUCUACUUUGCAAAGGCACGGGCCGCCUUUCUCGAAUUGCUCGCGCUGGAGCCUGACCGUAAGACGCGCAAGAAAGCAUCCGCUCCGUACAAAACCAUCUUUCCAUCCGACUUACAAGUGAACACGGCGCUGGCUGAGCCGUUCACGCACGGUCUUCGGGAUUGGCACACGUCCUGGAUAUGGACAUUUGGCGAGGUAUCGCCCGCUUGGGAGAAGAACCGUAGGUGGACUCUCCCGUAA